AGUCUAGAGACAGGCCUAGUAAACUAAUCCUCGACAUCUGUCCGACUCGGGAGUCGGGACCGUCUUACGAACAGAUGCGCUUGAAGCGGAGCAUUGGCGACUCCCACCACUGUUAGGUUUUCAAGAUAUGUUGAAUAUAGUUCGAGCAGGUAUUGUUUUGCAGAAAUUUGCUUCGUUUGAUAUGGGAGUUCAUGAGUCAAAUUGAAUUCAAGGGCUUUGAAGGAACGGGAAGGAUUUGGUCUUGAUUUUGGCAACUAAUUUUGUUACUCUUCUUCAUCUCGCCAAAGGGGAAUCUAUCUGUUUGCUUACUUCGUUUGUUGAUUUUUGUGAGAAAAUGUCCAGUAAGAAAGAAGAAAAAGCUCAGGCUGCAGCUGAGAAAAUCAAAGCUGCUGCUUUGACAGCGGCAAAAGGUCUGAGCCGUGCUCAGGCCGAACGUGCUGCCGCAGCUGCAGCUCGAAAUGUAAAUGCUUACGGCCAGAAGGAAGAAGGGCCAAGCCGAUGGCAGGAGAGGAAAGAAGCAAAGCGACAAAUGUACCUAAUGAGUACUGAAAAAGCAGUCAAGUUGGGUGAGAGGAAAGACCUUAAGUCCUCCAUGUCCACCAUCGGUGGCUCUUCUUCACAAUGCCAGAAAUGCUUCCAGGCUGGCCACUGGACAUAUGAAUGCAAGAAUGAAAGGGUUUACAUCUCUAGACCGUCUCGGACUCAGCAACUUAAAAAUCCCAAGUUGAAAAUGAAGCACUCUGUUUCGUAUGAAUUGGAUAACCCAGAUAUCCAGAAGGUGGAGAAAAGCGAAAAGAGUAGUAAGAAAAGCAAGAGGAAGCACCAAUCGGAUUCUGACUCUGGGAAUGAAAGCAGUGAGGCUUCGGUUUUUGAGACUGAUAGUGGGUCAUCAUCAGUUACAGGGUCGGAUUAUUCUUCUGGUGAGAGUAGCUCAAGUUACAGUUCCUCAUCGGAUUCGGAAGAAGAACGAAGGAGGAGAAGGAAGAAAAAACAGAGGCGGCGGCGUCGGAGGUCCAGCUCAUCUUCUGAUUCCUUGGAUUCUGAUUCAGCUUCGGACUCUGAUUCUGAUAAUAAGAGCAGCAGGAGGAAGAGUAGGAGGCACAGUAGAAGGCGUUAGGGAGGCAGCAUAAGAGGAAAGGAGAGAAUAUGAUUUAGUUGACUUGCUUUCAUAAAUUCCAGUUUAUACCUGAUAAGAGUCUGAAUAUCUGUUAGUUCUUGGUACCUUUGCAUAUGGGAUUCUGGAGGAAGUUUGUUCUAUGCUCCUGUGCAAAUCUUUCAUCGAUGUAACAGUUAAGAACUAUGUUUUCUUCAUUGAUUUUUCUUAGCCUUAGUUGUGAAA